AUGGAAAGCCAGUCGGCGGCGGGAGUCGCCGAUGGUUGCCAGGCUGACGUCGAAGAGACGGAAGAACAGGUACCAUGCUCUUCACCUUCUCAAGACAAUGCUGUGAGCACCACGCCAGCAUGCGCGGAAUCGGCAGAAACGGGGGCGUCCGGCUCUCAGGAUGCUUGUUCGGGCGAGCAAGGCAUCGAAAUUCUGAACCCGGAGGUCAUACGUCUGAUCUUCGGCUACCUCGACCUACAAAACCGGGGUCGCAUGGCGCAAGUGUGCACUGCCUGGAAAGCCGUCGCCGACGAGCGCUGCCUCUGGAUGAACGUAGAGGCGCGGUUGAGGCUUUCCGAGUGCAGCGCGCCGGUGCUGGACUGCGUCGCUCGACGGGGCAUUCGGCGAGUCAAGGUGCUCAACUACAAGGAAGACCAGGUGGCCCAGCUUGUCCAAGCACUGCCGGACAUCAAGUCGCUCGAUUUGUCCGACAACUUCAGCGUGAACAACAACGUCGUCCUGGGGGCAUUCAAAGACAAGAUUUACGAAUCGCUCACCGUUCUAAAUCUCAGCUGGUGCCCGCAAAUCGACGACUCUGCGAUAGACUGUCUCAGUGGCAAGCUUCCAAACCUGGAGGAGCUGUACUUGGUUGGCUGCGACCACAUCACCGAUUCCAGCAUGGGCUUCAUCGCCGCCAGGCUACCAAAGCUCAGGGUGCUCGACAUGAAAGAAUGCGAAGUGUCCAACGCUGGCCUGCAAAAACUGGCGGGCUUCUGUGAGGACGGUGUGCUGUCGACCACGCUCGGUGUGAGAGCUCUGACGCAUCUGGGCCUCGAGGACUGCGCUCUCGUUUCCGAUGCCGGCCUGGAGUCCAUCACACGUUGGAAGGAUGAGUCCCUCAAGAAGCUGUCCCUGAUCAGCUGCGAGGACUUGACGGGCCUCAGCAUUCACCAUCUCGCCGUAGGCACGUUCUCGUUGAGCAGCCUCGACAUCGCUUACUGUAACCACAUCGACGACGACGCCAUUUCUAACAUCUCGCGUGGUUCGGGCCUGGUCACAUUGAGCGCGUUAAAUAUCACCGCCUGUCCCAUCACGGACGUCGGCCUCUCCUUGUUGGCGCAGAAGCUGACCGACCUCAGGCUGCUGAACAUCUCCGAGUGCGAUCUGGUCACCAAGGACGGCAUCGCUGUCGUGGCGUCGCACCUGCGUAGUCUGCGCGCCAUUCACAUGAGCCCCGAUGAAAAUGCAGCUGCCACGGAUGAGGACGAGCCUGCGAUCUCGGGCUCGGGCAUGCCGAAGUUGCGCAUCCUGAACUUGAGCGGCUGCAUGGUCGGCGACAAAGGGAUGGCGCGCAUCGCACGCAGCCUGGGAAGCCUGAGCACGCUCAAGAUCGCGCGCUGCCAGGAAAUCAGCGACAACGGCAUCAAAGCGAUCGCCUGCAACCUGAAGAACCUGAAGGCCAUCGACAUCAAAGGUUGUCCGAGGACAACGUCUGCCGGAAGGGCGGUGUCUGAUCGCCAGGUUACCAAAUCUAAAUUCCUGUGA